AUGCCUCCCAUAGGCAUCAUCAUUACCGUCACCGUUCUGGUGGCGGCCAGUAUAGCCGCAUAUGAAAACCCUCAAGUACGAGCAUGGAUAGACCGGACAAGGCACAAGAUUGCCAUGGGUCUACAUUCCCUCGGCGACGAGAUUGGCCCGAGACCCCGUCCCCGACGCACAUCGACAGACGUCUCCAUGCACGAGGAGAAGGGCGAGUUGGCGGAAGAACGUCGACGCCAGGCGAUCGCGGAGAUCAUGGAGCGAGGGCGAAUAAUGGAGGAGAGAAGGAAGAGAAGAAGGCUAUCUGAGCAAGAGAAGGAAACCCCAUCAAGCCCGACUUUUGAUACCCUCGUCGACAAGGACGGAGUUUUGCUGCAGCCGGCACAAGAUCACCACUCACUUCCAGCAGCACUCUCUUCUGGUGUUGACCCUACUGCUCAGUCCGCUACGCUACGGCAGAGGCCUUCCCAUUCACAUGGAGAACAGCCCUCAUCCUCUUUACACCAGCCAAUAGACGCACCCGUCUCCACGAGGCAGCUCGAUGAAACUCAGCCCAACCCAUUCGAGUCAAGAUACGAGCGGGAGAUGCGUGAAGCAUGGAAUCUGCCUUUGGCUGAGCGACCGUUCCAAAAUAUGUCCAGCCAUGCUUCAGAGAGCCUGAUCGAGCUUACUCCGACGACAGAAGGCGUCCCUGAUCCAGACUUUUCCGUUCCGUCAGCCGACUAUCUUCACCGUCCACUGGAACGAUCAGAAUAUUUUUCAGCCACGGCUUCAGAUUCGACACACACUCUGUCCGAGCAUGCGUCGCAAGCAUCACUUCCUAUCCAGAGCACAUAUCUAGACGCGCCUCGAAACGCUGUCGUUCAUGGGUCUCCUCUCAAUGCAACACCCCCAGCUUCCUUGACGCCCAGCAUUGCUGGCAGUGUAAGCAACAUUCACGCCAGUGAGGCGGAAGAUAGUUCCGACGAUAUCCUCAGCGACUUUGCAGAUGGGAUACGCACUCCCUCAAGUGCUUGGACUGACGUCGACAGCACAGUUAGCGGGGAUUUUCAUUUGUAA